CCCACUACUCUAUUUCACUUCACCAGCAGGUACACUCUUGGAGGAAGAACUCGUCGGAACUGCCCUUUCGAUCUCCUGCACAAUGGCAACGGCUGAGGUUCAACACGCUGUUCCAACGGCCGUGCACGACAGCAACUGCUUCCAGGAGGAAGAGAACCACAAGGCAGUCGCCAUCGUCCAAGAAAAGUCCAUCACCGGGGUGGAAGAAGCUCCUCGAACUGAGCUGCAGGCCACGCACAACAAUGGCGUCGACUCCGAGGUCGAGACGAAGGAUCACGAGGAAGACUCCAAGGACUGGAAGGAUCACGAGGAGGAAGAAGAAGCCAUGGCCGCUGGCGCCGGCGCCGACGGCCUCCUGCUUCAGGCCGUGGCGCAAGAGGUAGAGGCCAAGCUUGGCAUCGUCCAGGACGGCAACGUCACCGACCCUGCAGCUGCACCCACCGCUGAAGCGAAGCCGCCCAAGGAGGAAGAACGGCGCCGUGAUGUGAUCGCGAGGAAGGCCGCAGCCGCGGCCAAGGCGGUAGUCGUCCCCGUCGACGACGAUGAGCUCUACGGGGAGACCGCUGCGCCGGCAGAGGCGGCGCCUGAGGCUCCUGAGAAGGAGGAGGAGGGCGCAGCCAGCGAGGAGGUGCUGGAGGAGAAGGCACACGAGGAGCAGAAGCUUAUUUAAGGGUUCACUGAACUUAAUUACUUAGUCUCUCGUAAUAAUCUCGUUUAGUACGCGUCGUCGGAGGUGGUUUAAUUUGUCGUCGCGUGUUACUACAGUACCGUGUGUACGUGCUUUGCUUCUGUCCAGGUGGUGUGGUCGUAAUAUAUAAUAAAGUAGUUUCAACUAAGUCAUGUUUAUUUGGUCUUGGUACGUAAGUUUUUUAAUA